UUCAUUUUGAUUUGACAACUACGACCUUACCGUACCAAAAAAUUAGAAUUAAGUAAUUUGUAAAUUUCAAAAUACGUCCUACAUUUAUCGUAAGAAAAACAAAAAUUUACAGUGUUUUCUGAACAAAUAAGACAAAAUUGAGUGAUUAACCUUUAAUACAUAAGACUGAUUAUGAAGAUAUGUCAGUGCAUAAUAUAUCAAGGUUAUUCCCUAGAAAUUGCACAAUUAAUUUAAUUAGAACUUUGUCUCGUCGUAGUAAUAGCAAUGUAGAUUCACCAUACAAAGUUGUUAAAUCCAGACAGUCUUCUAAAGAGAGUAAAUUGGCAUGGAGAGAUCCCAAUUUUGAGCUGUUGGCUUCACCAAGUGGAUUUCCUUUUUUCCUUCCAGGAAAUGUGAGUCCCGCGUGGUAUGAUAGAAAUACAACUGCACAAACUAAUCAUGUCUUCGUUAUGGAACAGCUGGAUGAUCCCCAAACCAAUAAUGGGGACAUAAUAUGCAGAGUUCAGCAAUGUCCUGCCGUACUCCGUCAGGCAGUAUGUGAUCUUUUUCCAAAUAAUAAUCUCGAAAUAUCGGAACUUUCGGUAGUCACUAUCAGCUUAAAGCCAAACAUGAAAUUAUUCCAUCACAACAAAGAAACUGAAACGGAGAAGUUGGCACAAACAUUUGUUUUAACCGCUCACAACAUUUGUGAUAAACUGAAAAAAGCUGGAUAUUGGGCGGACUUUAUAAAUCCCUUUUCUGGUAGACCGUAUUUAUUUCCAAAUGCAAAUACUACUCUGUAUGAAACUGAUGAAAGGUUUCGAUGUUUAGAUUUCCAAAUCAUGGAUGUAAACGAGUGUACCGUUGUUGCCAACGUACCUGACGAAGCUAAAAAAAGGUUCAUUGGAAGUCUUUUCACAAAUGCACCAUCAAAUAAACGUCGUUUAAAUAAUAUAUUUACCGAAGAAUAGGUGAUACUGAGGUUUUAAGUCAAAAGACAUUGAGUAAAAUGUUGUAUUAAAUGAUCAGUGAUACAUAAAUGGAUUGAUGAUAGUAUAAUAUAUAUUACAGAUGUUUUGCAAAGAACUA